AUGUUCCCGGUCCAGCGCCGUCGACAACAUCCCGCAAUCGCAUUCGCCCCCCGGGUCAAAAUAAGUGUUCAUCGGCUGAAUCAUCCUGCCAACGUUUGGUUGCUGCCAUGUUGCAUUCGGUGUCCUGUGUGGCGUGCCGUCUGCUUGCCAAUGCAUGCCAGAGGAGUCGUCGAGGAGACUCUUAUCAUUGCUGCUCCCCCCUCCGGGACUGCUGCCCACACCACCGUUACUUACUUCAUUCUGAUUCACCGGCUUCCCUUCUUCCACCCACCCACCCACCUGUUCUAG